AGUUGUGCCUUAGCAUUAUCCUUCAGUUUUUUAGUUAUUUAAAACCAUCAUGCGUUUGCAAAAAUUCCUGUGUUGCCUGCCCCUGAAAUAUGGCGUAAUUGUGGCGGGCUUUUCGUUCGGCCUGCUGGACUUUGUGGUAGGCUGCGUCGGAUGGCAUAUGAUUGUCACAAACAAUUAUCCCCACUAUGUCGUCGAGUUCUUUAGGACCAUGGACACCCGAGUCUGUGUGGCUGGUUUUUCUACAGUUCUAUGGUCAUUGAUGUCCAUUAACAUACUUCUGAUCUAUGCUGCGAUCUACGAAAAGAUUCUAAUUGUUGGAACCUGGCUUUUGGUUAACUAUUUGGUGUUUCUGUGCACCCUCGUCACCGUGCUGUUGGAUCCCUUGGCAUCCCUUAGAAUAUUUUAUCUCGGAUAUUGUUUGAUCGUGGUGAAAUCCUUCUAUACUGAACUGACCGGGGUUGAGGAACCAGAAACGGUGUCCAGUAGAGGGGCGUCGGAAAGUGAAGAUGAAUCAAACGCAUGAUACUUAACAUUAUAAUAUACAAUUGUUCAUCGAUAAUAUAUCGUUCUAUAAUA